GCGAAACUGAGUGCAUGGCGGUACAAAUGAUCUUGUUGAACAACUUUAUUUAUGCAACACGAACAUCCGAGAUCCACCGAGAGGGACUUCGUCCAGCUGCAACAAUUCGAUUCUACAAAGCGUGUCACGGGCUCGUUGCACUUCAAGGCUGCACUUUAUAUUGCCAAUGUAUUGUAACGUGUCAAAUGCACUCAACUGAAGACGUAGGUUUGGAAAAUAUCGGAGGGGCUUCAUCGGGAGUCAUGCGUAAUAUCAUCGGCUGGCAAUACUCAUGUUUUUACGAGGUCUUAUUCAACCAGAGUGACGGCUCCUGCUGGACUCAUUAUAUCGAGUAG